AUGGACAGCCGAGUGUCCCUCGAGGUUGUUCAGUGUCGUCAGUUCGAUCCGGUCAGUGGGCCAUUCAGCAUGAACAACGAGCGCAAAGAAGAUGAAAGUGUUUCUAUAUACUCGAUUGGCAGUCAAAGGAACUUGGUAUCCAUCAAAUCUAAAAAAACUUUCUUGAAGAAACGUAGACAAAUAUCCACUCUCUUGAUCAUAAUCCUGUUCGUUUUGGUGGCUUCCUUAUUCGUUGCGGUAUUAGUACUUUCUAUACUUUACUCUAUGGUUAAACGUGAAACUAAUAUGAGACUAUGUGAUUCGGAAGAUUGCGUGAGAAUAGCUGCUAGUCUUAAGGAAUCUAUGGAUACGUCCGUAGAUCCUUGUGACGAUUUUUAUAAAUAUACUUGUGGCAGAUGGCCUCGAGAACAUCCGAUACCAGAUUCUAGUCUAACAAAUUCAUGGUUCAAUGAACGAACCGAACGAGUAGCUAGGACAAUUAGAGAUUCAUUAAGAAAAAAUAUUAGCGAUGGAGAUGCACCUUGGUCCGUGCAACAAGCAAAAAUUUUGUAUACCAGUUGUUUGGACGUUGAGUCAAUGAACGAGUUAGGACUCUCGUCAUUAUUCGAGUUGUUAGAACUGCUCAAUUUACCCUCAAUUCCUGCAGCAUUAACAAAGAAGACGAGAAAUUAUAUCGAUCAAAUGGCUAAAGUCAAAAGAAUUCUAGGAAGGGACGUUUUAAUUGGUUUCGACGUUCUACCAGAUCCUAGAAAUGGUACCAAAAAUGUCAUUUUGCUCGAUACACCAAUUAUAGGUAGUCCUUUCCCCAGUGACAAAGAAUUAGAACGCCGUUUGCAAACGAUUAGAUCAAGAAUGAGAAAAUUGGAUAAUAUGUUAGACGAAACAGACGAAGACUUAGAAGUGGAGUUACUAUAUAUGUUUAAUGUUAUCAAGGAAGUUAUCAGCAAUGGUACAUUGGAUGCUUGUACUAUCGAAAAUGAAAGUACAUUUCCUAAAGAAAAUGACGUGAAAGAUUUAUUAAAGAAGAUUUAUGAACUUAGUAGUACUGUAUAUUUGCUAUCUCAUUUAGAAGUUAAUGAGAGUUUGACAGAAGAAAAUAUCAAAGAUGAAGAUUAUAUGUUUAUUGAUGAUCUUCAGAAAUUGACGGAUGAAUAUGUGAUCGAAGUUAACUCGAGUCUAACGCCAAAAAUUAUUUGGAGACCUUUUAUCGAGAUACUUUUUAAAGAUGUUGUUACCUUGGAUCUUUCUGAGAGAGAUAAAGUUCUUGUGGGAAAUUUAAAAUAUUUAAAAGAUUUGGCUUUGAUCAUUGCUUCGGGGAAUGAAGAAGAUUUAGAAACAUAUAUAUGGUGGGUCGUCGUGGACAUAGUUGUUCCACAUUCUUCCGAAAAAUUACGACAAAUUUGGUCUAAUUAUCUCCACUCAUUAAUGAACGUUGAAACUGUUACAUCCCAAUCUUUAUACUGUGCCGAAGCUGUGAACCAAUUAAUGGGUAUGGCAGCAUCAUGGUUAUUUGUUGAUAAAUCUUUUCACGAAGAAAAAGCACCGAAAGUUCGCGAAAUGUUAGAAGAUAUUAGAGCAGCUUUUGCUUCGUUAGUUCGAAAAACUGAUUGGAUGGAUAAAGAAACUAAAAAAGUGACGUUAGAAAAGAAUAAUAAGAUGUCUUUGGAAAUUGGCCAUCCAGAAUGGCUUUUCCAGGAGGGUGAACUUGAUGAAUAUUACGAAGAUAUAGAUCUGUCGGAAACGAAAUAUUUAGAUAAUAUGUUACAAAUCGUUCGAUCAAUUUCAUUCGCAAAAUUGGAAUGUCUUCACGAUACUAAUUUAUAUAACGAAUCAUAUUGGGUGACAGAUCCAACAGAUGUCAACGCCUUUCAUACUUUUCAAGUGAAUCAAAUUACUAUUCCCGCAGGAAUUCUCCAGUUUCCAUUCUACGAACUUGGUCUAGAAGCUUUAAAUUAUGGCGCUAUCGGUACGGUUCUUGGGCACGAAUUAACACAUGGUUUCGAUAAUAGUGGUAGACAAUACGAUAGUAAUGGCAAUUUGAGACAAUGGUGGACAAACGAAACGAUUUUCGAGUAUACCGAAAGAACUCAAUGUUUUAUAGAUCACUAUAACAGUUAUUAUGAAGACGAGGUAGACGAUUACGUGAACGGCAAAUUGACCUUGGGGGAGAAUAUAGCCGAUAAUGGUGGUUUAAGAGAAGCUGUCAUUGCUUAUGAAAGAUGGAAGGCCAGACAUGGUCAAGAGCCUUUGCUUCCCGGAUUUACACAUUUCACACAUCAGCAAUUACUCUUUCUUAGUUUCGCUCACCUGUGGUGCGAGGCAUACACCGCAUCGUCCUUGAAGUGGAUGCUUGAAGAUUCUCAUUGUCCAGGUCACGUGAGGCUUAGAGCGGUACUUAAAAAUUCCAAGGAAUUCAGCGAAGCCUGGAAAUGUCCUUUAGGAUCUAAUAUGAAUCCAGUUAAAAAAUGUCGUCUCUGGUAAUGGAGGGUUACGCCAACUUCCUUUUUCUUUCAUUUCAAAACUUAUGUAAUUAGUAAUUAUAUUCCAAGGAAUUUGGAAUAAUUUCUUUAAAAGUGUCCUUUAGGAUCGCAAUUAAUCCAAUUUCAACUAAAUGUUGUCAUCUGCUUCCUUUUUUCUUAAAACAUAUAUCA